UAAACCCAUGGAAGAUGGAGACUUUUUUAGAUGUUCGCUUAAACCCUAGAAAGUAGAAUCUCGUUCUCCUUCACUGCUGCGAUCUUUGUCUCUAAUGGCUCGCGUCUUCAGAUCCCUGAGGAGAACAAUCCUUCCUUAUUCGUCGUCCUCGAUUCCGUGUCGGAACCCUCGAAUCUACCCCCGCGCUGAUCGAAAAUCUGAUAUCUUCAUCGUCUCGAAAUCCCUAAGCACGGGGAGUUAUGUAUCGGAAAUGCGGAAGUCCGCUUUCGAGGGCAACAUUUUGCGGCUUAUCCGCAAUGAGAUUCAGUACGAGCUCGAUCACUCUCCUCCUCUACAGGUUACUUCCAGUUUUGGUCCAUUCACAGUGGAUGAACGACCAGGGGAGGAGUGGAUUAGUUUGAAAAGAAAAUUUGGGGACAAUGAAGAUAUUAAAAUUGAAGCUACCAUGAUAGAUGGUUCAGUUCCAGUUAGUGGUGAACCUGAAGAAGUGCAGCUUCACAUUACGUUCAUUGUCAAUGUUUCUAAAGGUGAUGAAGGUGAAACCUUGGAGAUCAUGUGUUCUGCUUGGCCCGAUACCAUAGAAAUAUCAAACCUCUUCAUUCGUAGGCAUGGGAAGAGUUCAGAGCAUCCCUAUGUUGGGCCAGAAUUCAAGGAAUUGGACGAUGAGCUGCAGAACUCGCUUUACGAUUAUUUAGAGGAAAGAGGUAUAGGCGAUGACCUUGCUGUUUUCUUGCAUCAGUACAUGAAGAACAAAGAUAAAGCUGAGCAUAUCAGAUGGAUGGAAACGGUUAAAUCUUACAUAGAGCAAAAAUAAAAUAUGAAUCUGUGAAUCUUGUGGUAGCCGCAUGGUUUGAUUUCUUGGCGUCAAAAUGUAUCGGGCUAUGACCUUUUGCUUCUGGCAGAAAUAGUUGUCUAGUUUUUACUUAGACUUGGUUUAUGUCUUCCCCUUCUUGGCAUUUUGAUACCAUGGAAUGUCCAUAAUAAAGAUUCACGUGCGACAUAUUCAUCA